UUGUGUCAAUAGAAACUGCGUAGUGAUAAAAUAUAUUGUGAAAUAACUUGUUAAUAAAUAUGCGGCUUAAAUACUCUAAAACUAUUUUAGAAGCACAAGACACGGAGAGUCCUAUAGCUGAUAUCUGCUGGUCUCCGAACAACGUGAAGCUAGCUGUAGCAACAUGUGACCGAUUGGUGCUGCUUUUCGACCGGGAGGGCACUCGACGAGAUAAAUUCGCCACCAAACCCGCUGACGCCGCUGCAGGGAAGAAGUCUUAUGUUAUAACAAGUAUUGCAUUCAGCGAAAAUUCAGAACUACUUGGGGUAGCCCAGAGCGAUAACAUGGUGUUUGUAUACCGCGUGGGAGCUGACUGGAGCGGCAAGAAAGUCAUCUGCAACAAGUUUCCAUUAACUGGGACACCUAUGGCCCUGGUCUCGGCGGACAACGGCUUUUUUACUGGGACCAGCGAUGGGAAGAUAAGGACUCUAGACUGUAAGAGCAAUAAGAGCAGUAGUAUGUGGACUGGGGGCGCUUGCUGCGUGUCGCUGGCGCGCGGGGGCGAAGGCACUCUGGCUUCGGGCCACGUCGACGGGACGCUCUACCUUAACGGACGGUUGUUGCUGCGAUAUGCUCUGCCACCCACUGCCCUGGUCUUGCUGCCUCCUUACCUGAUAGUGGGGUCUUGUGACGGGCGCGUAUCCGUGUAUGAAGCACAGCGUGGUGCUCUACUACGCAGUUUGGAGCCUCAGCUGCCGCCUGAUCGUAGAGAUCUCAUCUCAGCAGCGCCCAGUCCUUCUGGACAGACUGUAGCAUUCGGAGUGUUCGACGGCUGUCUAGUAGGGGAAGUAAAGGAUUCCGGAGGGGUAGAGCUUACAAUGUUGAACAUCCCCAACCUCUAUGCGGCGCGUGCGCUCGCUUGGAGCGGCGAUGGCACAAAACUGGCGAUAGCUUCACAAACCGGUGCUGUUAUACAACUUGAAGCUGUGUUAAGACGUUGGGUGUGGCGCGACAGUGUGUCGGUGCAGCACGUGAGCGCGCGGCAGCUGGUGCUGUCGCGCGUGGCGCACGACGCGCCGCCGCUCACCGUCACCACCAAGCACGCGCCUGAUAUAUUCAACGUGCGGUUUAUUGGAAACGACUGGUACGCAGUAUGUCGUACUAGUUGCACGUUGAUAUUAUGUGACAUCGCAAGGGGAUUGACUAGUGAGAUUGCUUGGUCGGGUGGUGGAGAAAGAGUGUAUGCGGCAGUGGGAGGUGCCUGUCUACUGCAUCGGGCCGGCGAACUAAGUGUUGUUGAAUAUGGUCUCGACAAAGUGCUGCAUACUGUUCGUACUGAGCGAGUGAACCCUCACGUGCUGAGCGUGCGUAUAAACGAAGGCGCGACGGGCGCGGAGGCGGGCGACCGCAAGCACCUCGCCUACCUGCUCGACCGACAGACCAUUGCCGUCGUUGAUCUUACCACUGGAAUCCAGUUAGGUCAAUGGUGGCAUGAGGCGCGCGUGGACUGGCUAGAACUGAACGAAAGCGGACAACUGUUACUAUUAAGAGAUACCAGGCGAAGACUUGCCUUACUUAAGUUAAAUACUGGUGACAAGGAAAUCAUAGCAAGCGGUGUUUCAUUCGUGCAAUGGAUUGAGAAUAGUGAUGCUGUUGUCGCUCAAACACCGACCCAUUUGCUCGUAUGGUAUAGUGCAUGGGACCCGGGCAGCGUAGAGAUGGCGGAAUGCGGCGGCGCGGUCGCCGUCGAAGUGAUCUCGCGACGCGUCAUACUUGACGGAGGACUAUUACCAUAUUUACAGUUGGACGAACAUCGACUGGCUUUUAAUAAUGCGCUUCGGAGCGGUGAUCUAGCUGGGUGUGCUAGAUAUUUGGACGGUGUUGGUAGUAAUGCAGAUGUUGCGCCUUUGUGGAGGCAACUCGCUGAACGUGCUCUAGCCGAUGAUGAUGUACAGUUGGCUGCUAAAUGCUACCGAGAAGUUGAUGACGUAGCGCGCACAUUUUAUCUAGAGAAGACCGUUGAAUUGGCUGCUGCCGAAGGCGAUGGUGAUGUCAGUGUUGGUUUAAACAAUGCCACAGUAAGAGCUCGUUUGGCUAUAUUCAACGGUGACUUAUCAGCCGCUGAGGAGUGCUAUGUCAGGCGGGCAGGUAGACCGGACCUAGCAGUGGACAUGUAUAAGCAGUUCAAUAAGUGGACCGAUGCGAUUGCUCUGGCUGAGAGAACUGAUCGGGCAUCUGUGGCUACGUUGAAACAACAGCAUAUGGAUUAUUUGACUUCUACUGGUCGUCUAGGCGAGGCCGGUGCAGUAUUAGCAGCAUCAGGCGACGUGCAAGGCGCAGUGAAGCUGUGGCUGCGAGGCGGCCGCUCGCGACGCGCUGCGGCGCUACUACUGCAGCAUCCACAGCUGCUCAGAGAUACUGAUCUCGUUGAUGCUGUUCAUACACAGCUUAUUCAGGAAGAAUGGUGGGAGACGGCAGGUGAAAUAUCGGAGCGCAGAGGCGAUACCCGUGCGGCAGUGGAAUACUACGCCAAAGGAAAUAACUAUGCCAGAGCUGUUCAGUUGGCUAGAGAGUCAUGUCCAGGCGAGGUGACGCGUUUAGAAGGCAUGUGGGGCUCGUGGCUGGUGUCAUCGCGUCAAGCGGGAGCGGCGGUACCACAUCUCAUUGAGGCGGGAGAAUCUAGGGCUGCACUCGAUGCUGCGCUAGCCGCCCAUCAUUAUAGGAAGGCCUUGCAGAUUAUGCAGGCUAUAGACGACAAGGAGUCUAUCAGAGAGCAGUGCGAGCGACUUGGUGAUCAUUUUAUUUCUACUCGUGAAUGGGAGACAGCAGAGCGUGUGCUUACCUCAUGCGGUAUGGCAGAGCGUUGCGUCCGCGCAUACAACACCGCGGGGAAAGUGGCCGACGGCUUACAGCUCGCCGCCGCACAACUUACUGAGGAACAAACGAGAGAUAUUUACAUACCACUAGCGCAACAGUUGAGGCAAGACGGACAACUGCGCAAGGCUGAACAGAUUUAUAUAGGACUUGGAGAGCCAGAUGAGGCCAUUUCUAUGUAUAAGGAAGCAUCUCAAUACGAAGCAAUGUUACGGCUGGUGGCAGCUCACCGCAGCUCGCUGCUAGAAGCCACGCGUCGCCACAUCGCGCAGGCUCUGCAUGCCUCCGGAGACCUACGUGCCGCUGAGAAUUAUUACAUACAGGCUGGUGAGUGGAAGAGCGCGAUACAGAUGUACCGGUCGGCGGGGCAGUGGGAGGGCGCCGAGAGAGUUGCUCGCGCGCAUGCUCCCAGCGCUGUGCAGCAACAGGUGGCGUUACAAUGGGCGGGUGCCCUUGGCGGCGCCCCGGCAGCGCGGCUGCUGGCGGCGCGGGGCCUGGCCGCGCUCGGGGCACGGUGGGCACUGCAAGCACAGAGAUGGGACAUAGCAAUGGAGCUAUGCAGCCUGGGAGGCGGUAUGACUCGUAGUGAAGUAGCUCGUGCUGAAGCCGCGUCAUUGGCUGACGAUCGGCCGGAUGAAGCCGAGGCCGCGUUCCUGCGAGCCGGCGCGGCUGAUCACGCGGUCCGCAUGUGGCUGCAGCACGGGAAACAUCAGAGGGCACUGGCUUUGGCUGAACAACAUGCCCCCACUCUGGUUGAAGAGGUGUUGGUCGAAGGAGCAAGGGCGGCUGCUGAACGAGGAGAUCUGGUGCAGUUUGAAACGCUUAUGAUAAGAGCUAAUAGACCACGUGAAGUUGUGCAGCACUACAAAGACCUAGAGUUAUGGGACGAAGCUGCUCGCGUAUCCAGGGAAUACGUCCCAGAGAGCGCUGGAGAGGAGGGUGAGGCGGUUCCGAGCGAAGUGCCCGCUUUGCUCGCGCGAGCUGCCGAGCACGCGGAGAGUGCCGACUGGGCUCGGGCUGUCAGGCUGCUGGGAGCCGCCAGUGCCGCUGCCGCCGCCACUGCCCCGCGCUUGGCUGAGCGAGCCGCCCUCAGGGCUGCCAGGCUUGCGAGGGACCAUCUACAGGGAGCUCAGAGACGGGCUGCUGCUGAUAUGUUAGCCGAACGAUUUGCUGCAAUCGGUCAAAAUGAUAUCGGUGAUCAACUUCGAGCUGCUCUCACUGAAGGUUACGAGACGGAUAAUGAAGCACCAGGACCAUCAACGGAAUACGAAGAAGAGGAAGAAGAACAGGAGGCUCCUCGCGAGGUAGAAUCAGAGGCUGAGGCAGAGACCGAGGCGCUAGAGCGGCUGGCUCGAGGCGGGCACUGGCAGCGCUGCCUCGCUCACGCCGGCCGACGAGCACCGCACUACGCACUCAGAUAUGCCGCACAUCUGUUCAAAGCUCACCCGCGCAUGGAAGGUAUCGACAUUGACAGUGAAGAGCCUCCAGAAGUUCUAACGCAAGUCCUAGACGUGUUGCGUCAAUACCUCGGCAGUGACGAACCGGGAAUCGAAUCUCUGACCGGCAGCGACGCGCCUUUAGCCAGGGCGGUGUGCAGUGAGCUGUUAGUCAGAGUAUCUACUGCACCUAAGUCAGUGUCGGCCUUGAAGGAUGCAGCUACAGUUAUGGUGGCUGCCAGUGCUGAGGAUAGAGUUCUACAGGCAAUUACUUUAUUGAUUGCACUUCACGUGCCUCAGAUAGCCGGUAAGGCAGCGAGAGCACUGCCACGGUAUACAGACAUCAUUGUAGCAGAUGUGGCAUAUUACGCAUGCGGUAUGGCAGUGAGAGCAGAAGGACCAAGCGGGGCUCGCGAGGCGUUUGUUUUACUCAACCGCUGUCUCGACUUAGCUGAGGCAGCUGAUGAUGACUCCGCACACCUGCUUGAUUAUACUGAUUUUGAGUGCACGGACUGGAGUCGAACCCCUCUACUGUUAGACAGCGGGUGCGUUCGCGGCGCUGCACUGGAGGACGCUCGUGAAUGGGUGCUCGCCGUCUCUAUGGACCAAGCUGUUGAACAGACUCUGCCUGUGGACGGUCGAGACAUGUACGCGUCCAAUGUUGGCGAGACGGAACCGUGCUGUGUGGUCACCGGUUAUCCAUUAGGCUCCAGGCUCGUCACUUUUACUAACGGUCGUUGUGCUAACCGCGAGUGGUGGUCGCGGGUGGUAAGUUCGGCCCGAAGCGGCGGGGCUGCGGCGGCUUUGCUACAGCACGUCGAGUCCUGGUGCGGCCCAGCUGAUUACCACCAUGUUUAGAAAAUAACAUAUUAGUUUAAAAAUAUCUUUAGUUACGCGGUCCGCUUGAAGCAGUCAGGGGCGACAGCUUUAACUUCAGCUGUCGACUGCACAGUGAACUGCAGAGUUCUUUGGAUGCACAUACACGAACCGCUCGAGGAAUUGCAACUGAUUCGGGCGGUUGACAGCUUGAAGCUGUCGCCCCUGACUGCUUCAAGCGAUCCGUGUAUUGCCGGCCUUAGACUAUCUGUUACCAGUCGCGGGCUGUUAGAUAUGAUGGAUCAUUAGAGCCAUAAAAGUGUGCGUGUAAGAAACCUUUAUUUUCGCUUUAAUGUGUAUUUUUUUGGUUGUAUUAUAUUUCUGGACUCAAUAAAGUGUUGUCACGAUAAA